UCAUAUCUACAGUUUUAAUGGAUGUUAAUGUUUGUUUUGUUGGUUGUUGGGACCUACGGAUAAGGGAUAAAGGAGAUGUCUGUAGUGUGUAUCAGUAUGAGGAAGCAAUGACUUCUUCACUCAAUCUGUUAUUCUCUUUGGCUACAAUAUUGCCUGCAGCAAUAGGCACUUGUGAUCAUUUGAGUCUGCAUUUCCACAAGGAGUUGGGCUGUAAACCUGUUCAUACGGCGGAUCCUAAUUGUCCAGAAUACUUUGACUGUGGAGGACUGGAAGAGAACCGUAGAAACUUUUGUGUUAUCAAACAGCUGUUUGUAGAGGGAGGCCAAAGGAUAGAGGAACACAAUGAAAUAUCCAGCCCUUGUAUCCCACAAUGUUACUGUGCCCAGAACUUCGCUGUGGCACCCCUCACUAAGUACAGAUGGGAAUGUACAUUUAGUGACUGUCCUCACCACUUCAGACCAAAUCUUCGGCCGGGCUGCUACUGGCGAGAGGAACUCAAGGGCUGCUGUCCAAAGAAACAAGUUUGUAAAAAAGAGCUGGCUAAAUGCACUUACAAUGGAGUAACUUAUAAAGAGAAUGAUAGAUUCUACACUUUCAGAGGCUCUAGUUGCAACAAAUGCGUCUGUGGAACUUCUUAUAAUGGCACACUGAGCGACAACAUGUGUACAGAGAUAGGUUGUGACUUGGAGCUACAUGACGGAGAACAGCUGGUCCGAGGCUGUGCUCCUGUCUACUCUCGCCAUUUCUGCUGUCCUCUAGACUGGAGGUGCCCUGAUGCUGGAGACACUGUGGAGAAGAAUAGUGUUGUUGAUCCAACAGUCGUGACUGCAGCCAAGGGACCACAAUGCAGAUUUGGAAAUCUAUUGUUGAAUGUUGGAGACAAAGUUCUACCAGAUGAUGAGUCUACUUGUCGAUGCAGCAUCCCACCAUAUGUUGUGUGCACCUCAAUUUAG